UAAUGGAUAAGUCUGCCUGAGCGGUUUCCAUGGUGACAGUGGAAUGUUGCAUCAUUAUUGCAUCAUCGUUGCAUCACAGUAACAGAGGAUACAAUACCCGCGGUUACUCCUAGCUUGCUCAUUUGUCACUUGUGACUACAGGAGAGAGGUCUCGUACUUCUCUCUUACUGAGAUUUACAUUUUGCGCUAUUAUUACAUUACGGUGAUGGCUCCGCGGAGUCGUCACCUUUUAUGUCUUGUGGCUUUCCUGAUUAACAUCACGCCAGCUUAUGGCUUUGAGAUUGUGGAGAAGAAGGAUGUCUUCAGGACCAUGCACUGCCCAUCAUUCCUGGUGUAUGACACAGCGGCAUACCUGUCGGACAUGACCAUCAAGUUGGAAUGCCACUGUAAGCCAGACGAGAUUGAGUCUGUAGUGUGGUACUACCAAAAAAACCUGGGUGGAGAGCUUUCCCGGGUGUUUACAGACAUCAACGGUGGAACCCGACUUGAUAGUAAGAACCUGCACAGCAACACUGACGCUCUCCUGAGGUUCAGCAUGCAAAUGUUUGACCUGGUGAUAUUUAAGGCACAGGUAAAAGAUUCUGGACACUAUCUGUGCGGCACAUGGGACAAGCAGUUUUUCUAUGGCUAUGAUAUUGACAUCCAGGAAUCCAGAAACUCUUAUACAACGAUUGAGAACCAUACCCUACAUGAACAAGAAGACCUGAGAAAGAGACACUUUACGGUCUUCACUUCUUUUUCGGACUGGUCUACAUGUGAUCGGUGUGAUGUGAAAGGAGAGCAAAGGAGACUGGGCUUAUGCUUUGUGCAGAGUGACUACCUGUUACCUAGAUACCUGUUCAUGGCUAAAAAAGAGGCACCUUGUGGCUCAGGUGCCGUUCCAGCAAAAAUUAAGAAAUAUGUUGCUGAUCGCAGACCAGAGCUCCUAAUCAGGCGCUGUACGUCCCCCUGCAGAAAGACACCACUAAGCUUCCUCGAAAAGAUUGUCAACUUUAUAAAACGUAUGAUAAAAGCUGUCAAGAAACGUAUUCCUUGGUUUCCCAAGUUACCCAAGGUUGCAACUGAAAUGUACACUAUUCCAGAAGGCGACCCUCUGACCCUUCAGUGCCCAGGAGCCAAACCAGGACAAGCUGUGGCUUGGGAUAAAGAGGAUGAAAAAGAGGAUUAUAAACUAAUGCUAUCAGCUUACUUAGUCGGGGAAUACGAUAAUAGGAGAGUGACAAUAGACUAUGGAGACCAUCUGAACUUCCGUGCUGUAGAGAAGAAUGAUGGAGGAAUAUACUACUGCUGGCUACAGGGGAAGAGGAAAGCUGGAUUCAGGUUGGUUGUCCUAGGUAACACAGGAGGACAUAAUUUUAAUAAUCCAGAGGCUAUUGCCACCAUGUUCAACAUCGGCAGGUAUUUUCUCGGUUUAACCAUGUUAUUCCUACUCCUCUACUGUGUGUCGCUUUGCCACUACUUCUUCAGGUGUACACCAUUAUAACUGUAGAGCCUGCUGUCCAACUGCCCGACCACAAAACAUCACCAGAGGCUGCUGCCUGGCCAUAAGACAUCACCAGAGGCAGCUGCCUGGCCAUAAGACCGGCCUGGCCACAAGACAUCAGAGGCUGCUGCCUCGGCCACAAAAAAAUCCUCCAGAGGCCACAACA